AUGAAUGCGUACAGCUUCGACAUAAAUAAGUAUUCUCUAUAUCCAGAGCUUCUGCCUCUCGUAACAGACGUUUCAGGGAGGGCAGUUGCGCCUAUAUUGACAAAAUGGCGACACUUCUAUUUUCCAAAUGGGUCCGUUGCACUGAAGAUUAGAAACGGAGAAAACGUUAUCUUUGAGCUCACCUCUGAAACCGCUAUCAUUGAAAAGUUUAGCUGGCCUAAUCGUACAACGUCAAAUCAGGUUCAGUGGCCUUUGAGCGCCGUCUCUUUCACCGCGAGUAAGGCCUCAUUGAAAUGUAAAUAUCUUGUCAGGAGCUGCGAACAAGAUAUGAUCAAGAGAUUCCAGAUUUGUUUUUUCACUGAGCAGGAUUGCAGGCGGUGCUGUGAUGUGCUUAGGUCAUUUGGCACACGAAUUGGUAAACCCGGCAUAGGCAUGAACACAGAAGGGAACGAAAAUCCGGAUGAUUCGCGCGGUUUAAACUCUACCCUGAGGACAUUGAAUUUUUCGAAAGCUACAGAUAUGCGUACGAUAACAGAUUUUCAUGCCAACGUUACUAAGCCCCAUUUAUCGCACAAUUUCCAUGAUAGCUCAGAGGAGAACGAUCUUACCGAAAACGCUGUGGCCGAAAACCACCCCUUCAAUACCAUGAGCUGUUCAAUACUAGCAUCUCAACUAGUAACCCGUUUAUCCGACAUCGACGUUUCAACUCCGAAUCAUUUAACUACAACGUUCGAAAGGCCAUUGACUUCGCAGAGUAAUACAGAUGGUAUGCACGAAGUAAAGAGACAUGAAGAGAGCUCCAUGGUAAACAACCAGGUGUUGGAAAGAGCGUCAAAAGGAGAGCAAGCAAGAGAUAUGACCAAAGUAAUGACCAAAGCACUGACGGAUCAACAAAAGCUUGAAUUUCAACAAUGUUCUCUUGAUAUGAUUCCUAAAAAUCCGGUCGAGACACCAUCUGAAAUGCCACUUAGCAACAUUAGAGAAGAUGAAACUCAAUCUAUUUCGUCUUCAAUGGCUGAUUAUAUCGCAGAUGAGAAUAAAUCGGUUUUGGGGUCGAAAAAACGUAUAGGUAUCGAAUCUACGAGGAAAAGAAAACCGGCAAUAACAAGAGAGCUUUUGACAAAGAAGCUUGGCGAUAAGCGUUUUAUUUCAUGGGUAAGUGACUAUUCUACCGUGGAAAAAGGUCGUGAAUUCGAUUUUUUACUAACACUUCAUCUCAAGGUUGAUAAAAUCGAGUUAAUGAUGAAAGAAUUGACUUGA